CGGCCGAGCGGUCCGCGGCGGAGGCGGCGGGAGAGCGCGCCUUGGAGCGGCUCAGAGCGCCCGGGCCCCUUGCUCUGCCGCCCCGGAGCCCCGCGCCGCACCCCGAGGUCUCCUGUGCCGUCCGUGCGCCCCCCGCGCCCUUCUAGCCGCAGGCCGUCCAGGGCAUCCUCCAGCCCCAGCCCCAGCCGGACCGGGAUGGCCGCAGCCCGCGGCUGAGCGAGCCCGGGGGUGCCCCAUGGGCCGGCCCGCGCCGCGCCCCCUCCGCGGCCGCCCCCUCAGGCCCGGGCCCCCCCAGGCGCCACGGGCCCAGGCGGCCCGAAUGGCGGUCGCGGCGGCAGGGGCAGGGGCUGGGGCCGGCGCGGGCGGCAGGCGCGGCCACCACUGACGGGUAGUCCGGCACCCCAGCAGAACCAUUGAGUCUUGCCUCGAGAGAGGCCCAAGUCCCACCCAUCAUGGGACCUCAGUUUCCCCAUCAGUGGACCCCCAGAGGCCAGAGGGGGAGAGGAGACGAGCAGGGCUCUCCCAGGAGCAAGCCCAGCUGCCAGCCGCGGAGCUGUCAGUGCUGACGGGGGAAACAGAGGCCAAGGAUGCAGCGCUGGAAGGCAGCGGCCUUGGCCUCGGUCCUGUGCAGCUCUGUGCUCUCCAUCUGGAUGUGUCGGGAUGGCCUGCUCCUCAACCAACGCCUUGGACCCGCAUUAGCCCCGCUGCGCCGGCCACCUCGCACCCUGGAUGCCCGGAUCACCCGCCUGGCCCAGUACCGUGCACUGCUGCAGGGAGCCCCGGAUGCCGUGGACCUGCGCAAGCUGACGCCGUGGGCCGGGCGGCCCCCGAGUCCCCGCCGUCGAGCGGGACCCCGGCGGCGGCGCGCGCGUGCGCGGUCGGGGACGCGGCCGUGCGGGCUGCGCGAACUCGAGGUGCGCGUGAGCGAGUUGGGCCUGGGCUACGCGUCGGACGAGACGGUGCUGUUCCGCUACUGCGCAGGCGCGUGCGAGGCGGCCGCGCGCGUCUACGACCUGGGCCUGCGGCGCCUGCGCCAGCGGCGGCGCGUGCGGCGGGAGAGGGUUCGCGCGCAGCCCUGCUGCCGCCCGACGGCCUACGAGGACGAAGUGUCCUUCCUGGACGCGCACAGCCGCUAUCACACGGUGCACGAGCUGUCGGCGCGCGAGUGCGCCUGCGUGUGACCCUACCUCACCGGUCCCGGCCAGACGGCGGCCACUUCCCCUGCCCCGACGGCACCCACAGCCCCGCCUGGCAAACCCCGCCACAGACUGCCCAGGCGCUGAAGAUGCCGUCGAGGCCUCGGGACUCUUGCGAUAACUGUACAUAGAUAAAGUGUGGAAAAUAGA